GAUGUGACGAUUUUAUUAAUAUCAAAGUAAUUAAUUUAUUUGCAUAUCAAAUACAGAGGAACAGACUGGUCCUGGAUGUGGAAAUAUGUAAGACACUAGUUAAAAGCUUAAUUUUUCAUUGAUAAAAAGAUCAGAACUGAGCAUUUGCAGUUGACUGAAUCGAACCUCAGAUGGGGGGGAAAUAGUGAUUAAUAGGGCAUACCGGGUGAGUGUAACACAUGCAGUGACUGCAUUUUAUGAAGAUCGGUUCCCGAACCUACGGCUGAUUACAUUUUAAUCCUAAAAUGGAGUUCGGAGAAAGGAAGCGAAGAAGGAAGUCACAAAGCUUUAAAGUGGUCACGGAUGAAGAUGUUGACCAACCUUUGGUCAAUUCCAGUUGCACAGAUGCCAACGAAGAGUCUAAAGAUUCUCCUGUUGAUGAAGCUGAGGACGAAGAGGAACCGGGCACAGAGAUCAAGAGACAAAUCACAGGGAUGAUGAGACUUCUGAGUGAUAAAACCGGCAGGGUGUAUCAACGUACUGGGGCAAAAGGAGAUGACCUGAAAAAGGAUCCCCAGGACUAUGGACCGAGCUGGGUACAACCGCCUGCCACCUUGCCCCAUCUCCCAGAGAACCAUAACUGGACCCAUGCAGCCGAACCAGAGCCCUCAUCUUCCUGCCCUAUCCCCAUAGCCAAUGGGCAAAGAUAUACCCACGAAACCACCUGCUCCACAGCACCCAGGAUCAGAAACCAGCCAAAGGAUGAAGCCAAUGAUAAAGCUCCUCCCUCCUCACCUGAAGGCCCCUGCUGCAUGCACAGCUGUCAGGGCACACUGCAGGCCAUUCUGCAGGAACUACGGUCAAUGAGGAGGCUAAUGCAGACUCAGCAAGCAUCGUUGGUGAAGCAGGACCAGACGGCGUCACCACAACCCACGUACCUCGUCCCCGGCCCGGCUCCUCUUCACAGGGCCCGAAAGAGGAGGCCUGUCUUCAAAAUGACCCCACUGAAUGUUUCAGGUCGAAGAGCUUCCGUUUCCACUCCUGGAUCCCCCUCCUGUGUGUCCCUGAUGCCCCCGAUCACAUCCCUGCAAUCCAGAGACUGCGACGGCUUCAAGAAAGGGAGUUCUGGUCACGCAGAGGAGAUCAAACUGGCAGUGCAGAACAUUUCAAUGGCCGCCAACGACCAACACACUCCUCUCUUAAGUGAGGCCGGUGAACCUCAACCCAAAGAGCCUGCUGUGCGUCUUGCAGAGGAAUAUGAUGUAUUUAUUCCCAAAGCUCAGCUAGACUCCAUCCUGCUUAACUACACUCGCUCUGGCAGCCUGCUGUUUCGGAAACUGGUGUGUGCUUUCUUCAAUGAUAGCACUUUAGCUAACUCCUUACCUAAUGGCAAGAGAAAGAGAGGACUCAACGACAACCGCAAGGGUCUCGACCAAAACAUUGUGGGAGCAAUUAAAGGGUUUACAGAGAAGUACUGCAAAACAUAUAGGAUAGAGAAGCUCCCCGGACCUCGAGACUGGGUCCAGAUCCUCCAAGAUCAGAUCAAACUUGCCAGGAGGAGGCUGAAAAGAGAUGCAGAAGAUGUCUCCAGUAAAGCCUCCUCAAGCAGAGCCUGCAUAUGAACAGUAGCACAUGGCAUGA